AUGCUGGUCACUUGGACCUCGAACGCUGGUGCAAUCGUCAAUUUACAUUUGGCAGCAGAUUCUCUUUCACCACCGUUCCUUUCCUUUGGGCUAAUGUUGAUAUUUAUUGUUCUUCUUCUUCUCCUACUUUUCCUCGAUAUUUUGCUUCUUCUUCUUCUUUUCUCUUUCUUCCUCAUUCUUGUUCUUUUUCCUUUACUCUCUUACCUCUCUUUCCUCAUCAUCUUCAUCUUCAGCAUUCUUCUUCUUUUACUUCUUCUCCUCCGACGCUUUAUUCUCCUCUUUUUCCUCAUUAUUUUUCUUCUUCAUCUUUUGCUUAUUUUCUUCUCUUUCUUUUAUUCAUUUUAUUGUUCUUCUUCUCCUACUUUUCUUCAAAAUUUUGAUUCUUUUUCUUUUCUCUCUUUUCCUCAUUCCUCUUCUUCUUUUUCCUUUACGCUCUUACCUCUCUUUCCUCAUCAUUUCCAUCUUCAUCAUUCUUUCCAUCAUGCUCAGCAUCCUUUUUCUCUUCCUUCAGCUACUUCAACUUCUGAAAUUGUCCAUAUUGUUGCCGAAUUGGCCUUUCCAUCUUUUCAUUCGAUAAAUGAUGCUACCCUCGUCGGAGCAGCUUCAUCGUCGUCGCCACGACCCCUCCAGACUGGCACAAUUCGAUUGCCACCCACCCCUUCUGUCUGUCUGCCCCAGUUCUCACCUGCCCCUCCCCCCCCAAACACACUCUUCCUCCCCUCUUUAGCCCCCAGUUCGAGUUUCCUCCCGCAGUGCCCAUCCACCACUUCAGCUCUUCUCCUCCUCUUCGGUUCCACUCGAGACCGUCCCGCUUGUCGCUCUGCCGAUGGGCCCAACUGUCCGGCCGGAACGACGAUGAAUGAUGAUAGCGACCAAAAUAGUUUGUGA